GCUUCUGCCCAAUACAAAUUCAUUUAGCUCAGUUACCCCAAGAACCAGAGCCAUAUAUCCCCGACACACACACACACACACACACACACACACAUACACACUAAAGAAUGAAGUCAGGUUAUUCCGAGGCAGGAACCAGUAACGCCGGCGGAGUCGGCGGCGGAGGAGCUGGAAUUAGCAACAGCGCUGGAUCCCCAAUAACCAACAUAGCCCAGGACCACCUCAUCACAAUUCUGUUGCUCCUGCCUAUGGACUCGAUUCUUUCAUUUGCCAUGGCAUGCAAGAGAUUCAGGGCUCUUGUAUUCUCGGACUCUCUUUGGGAAUCCAUAUGCCGGAGGGACUGGGGCCCCAAGUCUGUUGAUGCUCUCAAGUCUUCCUAUCUCCAUUCUCAGCAGCAGCAGCAGCUACCAUGGAUGAGGCUGUACAAGCAAGUAUCUCGUCUUGAGUCUGUUUCGUGCAUUAAUCUAACUUAUACGGAUGGUGAAUUGGUGCUCCCACGCCCCAGAGCAUCGCACUCUCUCAACUUUGUGUCCGACUGUCUGGUCUUGUUUGGUGGCGGCUGUGAAGGAGGAAGACAUCUUGAUGACACAUGGGUGUCCUAUAUUGGUAAAGAUUUUCAGAAGAUGCUACAAUGGCAGAAGGUUAAUUCAGGCGUUCCAAGUGGUAGAUUUGGGCAUACGUGCGUUGUAAUGGGGGAUUGUCUGGUUCUGUUCGGAGGAAUUAAUGACCAUGGGGACCGUCAAAAUGAUAUAUGGGUUGGACAAGUUACAUGCCAUGAGACCUUGGGUAUUACAUUAUCAUGGAGGCCGCUAGAUGUUCAGUCUGUUGCACCAGCCCCUCGUGGCGCCCAUGCUGCAUGUUCCAUUGAUGAUAGGUUGAUGCUUAUCCAUGGAGGAAUAGGGUUGAAUGGGCUCAGAUUGGGUGACACAUGGGUUCUAGAACUAUCAGAAAAUCUUUGCUAUGGAGUAUGGCGUGAGAUUUUGACUUAUCCGUCACCUCCAGCUCGUUCAGGACACACAUUGACCUGCAUUGGGGGAACCAGGAUAGUUUUAUUUGGAGGAAGAGGAUUGGGCUAUGAGGUGCUGAAUGAUGUUUGGAUCUUGGAUAUGCCUGAGAGUUGUCUGAAAUGGGUACAAAUACCAUACGAAUUACCAAAUAUACCUGAAGGAGUUUCUCUCCCACGAGUUGGUCACUCAGCUACACCGAUUUUGGGAGGCCGAUUGCUAAUAUAUGGAGGUGAAGAUUCAUACAGACACAGAAAAGAUGACUUCUGGGUGUUAGAUAUUAGUGCAAUGCCAUCCAUUAAUGCGCAGCCAACCACACUAAACUCUAGGGGUUUACUGGCAAAAAUGUGGAAAAGGCUUCGGGCAAUUGGUUAUAAACCCAACAGUCGAUCAUUUCAUCGUGCCUGUGCAGAUCCUUCUGGGCGUUAUUUGUACGUGUUUGGUGGAAUGAUUGAUGGCUUACUUCAGCCUGCUGAACCAUCUGGGCUGACGUUUGAUGGAGAGCUUUUUCUUGUGGAACUAGUGCUGCAACCCUAAUUUAAAGGGUAUAAUAGGUGUUUAGGAGGAUAAUCUUGUAUAUCUUUUAGCUCUUAUCUUCCUUAGCUGUUGUCUGUCUCUGUUUUUGUUGAAUUCAUAUUGUCUACAAUGUAGAAAUCUAGUAGAGGAUGAGAAGGAUAUAUACGAGAUUAGAUGUAAACUGAACAAGCAAGAGUUUUUACCGAUUAAUGUUUCCUUUGGCAUGAUGUAGCACCUUGUCCCCUUGAACUACUA